UAAUUUUGUUGCUGCUUUUAUGAAUAAGAUUAAUAUAUUUCAUGAAUAUACGUUAGAACUUCUUUAUCCUUUGUUAGUCCCACAAGGUUAGUUGCUUCUUUUCAGGGACGAAUUUGUACUCCAUGUCACACCACUUCUGUUUUCGAACGGAUGGAAUGCGUUGAGAGUUGUGUGUGGAUACAAGUCUGAUUAUCAAGCCUUCGGAUAAAGACAUGUUUUCAUUGAGGCGAUGGCUGUUACAGGAAGGCAGGUUGACAUGGCGCCAAGCCGCAUGCCAUCUUCCUGUCCAGCAUUGUGCUAAGACUCAACAGCUACUACCGUGUCCUGUGAUCCAAAUUGCCACCAGUGCUGCAAAAUGUGCCAAGACUCGAGAUUUAAGGAAAAAAAGAGAACUUUCAGAAAAGAAGCUAACACGCUACUUUGUAGAUUAUCGUCGAGUGCUUGUGGUUGGAGGGAAAGGAGGUAAUGGUGUGUGUACAUUUCACAGUGAACCACGGAAAGAAUUUGGAGGACCUGAUGGUGGUAGUGGAGGUGAUGGUGGUCAUAUAAUUUUGAAAGUUGACAAACAGUUGAAAUCCUUAGCUUCAAUCAAGCCAGUUUAUUAUGGGGCCAGUGGAGAAUCUGGAGGAAGUAAAAAUUGUUAUGGUGGCAAUGCAGAGGCCACUUACAUCCUGGUUCCCAUGGGCACCAUAGUUAAAGAGAAUGGUCAGGUUGUAGCAGAUCUUUCUCAUCAUGCAGAAGAAUAUGUUGCUGCUUAUGGUGGUGCUGGAGGGAAGGGUAAUCGGUUCUUUCUGUCUAAUGAGAAUCGAGCACCAACAACUGCAACAUCAGGAGAACCUGGUCAAGAGAGAGUUCUUCAUUUGGAGCUCAAGACUAUGGCACAUGGUGGUAUGAUAGGUUUUCCGAAUGUUGGUAAAUCCUCCCUUUUGAGGGUCAUUUCCAAUGCUAAACCAGCUGUGGCUGCCUAUCCAUUUACUACACUGAACCCUCAUGUUGGCAUUGUUCACUAUCAAGACUUUGAACAAGUAGCAGUUGCCGAUAUUCCUGGUAUAAUCAAAGAUGCACAUAAGAACAGAGGCUUGGGUACUACAUUCCUGAAACAUGUAGAACGCUGUCGCUUUCUUUUGUUUGUGUUGGAUCUCUCUCUACCCAAGCCGUGGACACAGUAUGAUGAUCUAAAGUAUGAAUUAGAACAGUAUGACAAAGAACUCUCUCAGAGACCACACGCUAUCAUAGGGAAUAAAAUUGACCUCCCAGAAUCAAAAGUCAAUCUUUGUCUUCUUCGCGAGAAGCUAACUGAGCGAGUUAUCCCAGUGUCUGCACUAACAGGAGAAAAUAUUGAGGAGUUAAUAUCUCAUCUGAGGACAUUGUAUGAUAGGUACUUGGAGACUGAUAAGAAACAUAGAUUGACACCACUAAAAUGGUAGGAGUUAUGGAGUGCCAGACGUAAGCUGGAACUUGUGUAUCUGUAAAGGCAGCAGUACUGGAAGCACACUGGGUAUGGAGCGCUGUGCUAACAUAUUGCUGAUCUUAUUUGCAGCGGAAUGUGACAGUGUCUCAGAGGUCAUAGGAGAAACUGACCAGAACCACAAAUUCAGCCAAGCACUUUGAUAAAACACACUUGUUUAUAUCAUCAAGCCUUUUACCGCUAAACAGUUAAAUGUGGCACUAAAUACUGUUCAUCCAACCAGUGCCUCAUAUUUCAACACUCGUAGCAGUUUAUUUGGGGCUGGUGAGCAAAGUUGCAAUAAAUUGUUUUUUUAACUCUU